UAACAGCCUGACACUGCAUUACCCAGUGUGCUCGCAGCAAGCUACGUCACAUUUUUUUCCUACGUCCGCAAUUCCUCAAGUGUGUUUACGGUGCAGAGCAGGCAGGAGUGUAGAGCAGAGCAGAGAAGAGCAGAACAGCGAACAUGGCAGACGCGGAGGGUCCGGAUCUGGACGGGGAUCCGGUGACUCCCGCCGCUCGUGUGGCUCGCGCUCCCCGGGUGUCGUUUGGGGAGUCGGGGCAGCCCGCAGUCGGUGUGGUUGGCCAUCUGCUGGGUCAACAGCCGUCUCUGAAGUUUGACAAGAACAUCAAGCAGGCCUUCUACAACACUGGCGCCAUGAUCUUCGUGGCGAUUUGCUGCGGCGCCGCGGUGCUUGUGUACUUCAUCCUCGAGGCGUUCCUGCGGCCGCUGCUCUGGGCCGUGCUGUGCGGAACCUUCCUGCACCCGUUCAAGCACUCUCUGGCGCGCGUGGGACGCUCGUGGCUCAGCGGGCUCCGGGCCAGCGGCACGCCCAUCGUGCUGGGGACACUGCUCGUGCCGGUCCGCUGUGUGAACCACGGUGUGGAGACUCUGGGAGCUCUGCUGCUCGAGCGCCUCAAGGUGCUGCUGGUGAUCGGGGCCGGUGCGCCGCUCCUCUACUUCCUUUACCUGUUCUGGAGCGUCAUCGGCAUGCAGGCUGUGCUCGAGCACCUUUGUGACGUCAUAUGCCACGUGCUCGACUGCUUCAGCGCUUUGUGGGUUGGAACAUUAGUGGUGGGUUACGUGCUGGCUGUGGUGUUUAAGUGGACACCGGGUAUGGAAGUUUACCUGCGCGCCAUGUCUGUGCCCAUUUGGACGGUUCUUAUAUUCUACCUGGUGUCUCUGACAGGAGCCUGGCGAGUGCCCAUGUUUGUGGUGGUGGUCAUUCUGCUAAUAGUGGGCUCUCAGGAGAAAGCACCGGUCCCAGGAAAAGGGGAACUGCCAGGACAGGUCCUUUCCUUUGCUGCUAACACUAUCUACAUGGCCAUCACCUGCAGUAACCACCGGCCUAUGGCUGAGAAUGAUGAAGAGAGCAAUGCCAAAACACAAUCUAAAGACGACUCCAAAAUGGGUGAGGUUUUCACCACACCGCUGCGUCCUCGCCCGGAUUUCCAGAGUCUUGCACACAAGGAGAAAGCCAGCGAUAUCUAUUUUGUGCUGCUGGUGUGGGCCAUAGUGCUGGUGCAGAUCUGGCUCAACCUCUGGAUCAUGCAGCUGUUGCCUAUCCCUUUUGCUGUGUGGGUAAUUAAGAGGUUGGUGGUGCAUUUCGGGGUGAAGAAUUUCGCCGAGCGGACGUUAGCAGCAUGGUGGGUGGUGCUGGAGAGGUUUAUCAGAGACAGACAGGAUGCUCUGCUGCCUGGACCAAUCAAAGGACUGGCACAGUUUCUACUGCGGGUUGAUACGAAGCUCUGGCAUUGGCUUAACAAGCAGAUGAUCAUAUGGUUGGAGAAAUCUCUGGAUAAACUCAUCAGCAUCUUCAUCAUCUUUCUUCUGGUCACAGGGACACUCCUCAUGGCCCUCUUGCUCACUGCUAUGGUGCAUCAUGAAAGUGCUCAUAUCAUAGAGGUCACCAGCAACCUGAUCAACGAGACUCUCGCCAACCACCCUGAGUGGGCUAACUGGCUUCCAGAGGCUCGCGUUGUUCAGAAAGCUCUUAACUCCGCAGCCACAAACGUGUACCAGCAUGGGAGAGAGUGGAUAACUCAAAAGCUUCACAAGAUGCUUGGUGAGAAAGUGAACAACACUGCAGUGAUCGAGAAGCAGGUUCUGGAGCUGUGGGACAGACUUUACCACUCAUGGUUUGUCAAGAACGUAACAUACAGCGGACGCCACCGUGGCCACAAGCAACAUCUGCAGAGGCAGCACAGCUGGCUGGGAGACAUACUGGACUGGCAGGAUAUUGUCUCCUUCCUGCAAGACAACAUCGAAACACUGCUAUCGAUUGUGGAGUCUCUCUGGGUUGUGAUGAGCCGGAAUGUUGGUUUGCUGAUCUCCACAACAACGACGCUGCUCACUGUACUGUUCCACAGCGGCACGGCACUGCUCAACUUUGUCCUCUCACUGGUGAUUUUCCUGACCACACUGUUCUACUUACUGAGCUCCAGUGGUGAGUACUACAAGCCCGUUAAAUGGGUGAUCAGUCUCACACCCCUGUCCCAGCCUGGACCUUCAUCCAACAUCGUCGGCCAGUCUGUGGAGGAGGCCAUCAGAGGUGUGUUUGAUGCAUCUCUAAAGAUGGCAGGAUUUUAUGGCCUCUACACCUGGCUCACACACACCAUCUUUGGCAUCAACAUCGUCUUCAUCCCCUCAGCGCUGGCAGCCAUUCUUGGUGCCGUGCCGUUUUUGGGUACGUACUGGGCAGCGUUGCCUGCUGUGCUCGAUCUGUGGCUGGCACAAGGUGAAGGUGUUAAAGCCCUGCUGCUGCUCCUGGCACACCUGCUGCCGACCUACUUCGUCGAUACAGCAAUUUACUCGGAUAUAUCAGGUGGGGGUCAUCCUUAUCUGACAGGCCUAGCUGUGGCUGGUGGAGCAUACUAUUUGGGUUUAGAAGGGGCCAUCAUAGGCCCGAUCCUGCUCUGCAUUCUGGUGGUAGCAUCCAACAUCUACAGUGCCAUGCUGAUGAGCCCGAGCAGCAGCCAACCGACACCAGUGCAAAGCAACUUCCCUCAACACUUGGGCAGGCCGUUCCUGGACUCUCCUCUGCUGCUGAAAAGAGUGACCGAGUGAAAGAAGCCCGAGCUGCUUUCCCGCCCGCUCUGCUGUUACUCGGCCCUCACUCCUCUGACGAGCCCGAGUUUGGAACCUCCUCCAAAAGGACACAGAAGUCUCGGCCACUGAAACUGUACCUGGAGGGCUGAUGAGCUCCGGAUCAGCUCGGGAUCAGUGUAAAAUGCUAUUGAAGUCGCUCAGUGAUAAUGCUAAGCUUCCAGAGCCUGGGUUCUUUGAGUGCAAUAUAAUUUACACUACUAACACCUGAGCGCAAAGUUCAGUUAGCAGGAUUGUGUCUCGUCUAGCAUAGUGGCUACAAACUCCACUAGCACUCUAUGAUUGUUAGAGUAAUUGUUUGCACACAGCACUUGACUGUAAAACUCACAACUGCUCCAUUUUCGCUGUUUUUAUUAUUACAGUUGCAGUUUUUCCAUUUGAGUUUUCUCCAUGUUAAUGAAAUAUUUAUAUAAUAUAAUGUGACAGUGACCUUGCUAUGUACAGCACUGCCGUGUGUGUGUGUACGUGUGUGGGAUUGCUACCUUUUGAUCAUUAUUUACAUGUUGAACAUUGUUCUCGUUUAGUGAACGUACGGUUAAGUCUUAUCACAUAUCAUCAUAACUCCAUAAGCACUAUUCUUGUACACACUUGUGUGUUUGUGUGUGUGUUUUUAUAUCUUAGUGGGGACCAAAUCCCCACAAUGCUAGGAAUAUCUGACAGUUUUGACCUUGUGGGGACAUUUUGCUGGUUCCCACAAGAAAAACUGCUUUUAUUUUAAAAAUAAGCAUGUAUUUUUAAAAAAAAAGAACUAAGAGCUAAAAAAGAGCUAAACAGUUUCCUUUUGGUUAUUGAGGUUAAGGUUAGUGUUACAUUUAGGUGUAGCAUAGCCUUAAUCAGCUGCAUUAAUAAUUAUAACAAUGGAAGGUCCUCAUAAGUAUAAUAAGAAAGUGUGUGUGGGUGAGAGAGAGAGAGAGAGAGAGAGAGAGAGCGAGCACACACACCUUUGCCUUAUCUUCCCUGAUUCAUUCCUCUGACUACACUAAACACUUCUAAGUGAUGACUUUGUCACUAAGUUGUGUGCUCACGGAAUACAUAAUGUCCAAGCAUUAUUUAUUAUUUUUUUUGUCUGCUUCUUGUCCCAUACAUCAUCUUGCGCUUUUUCCUGAGUCAUUGCUGGAACUCAUUUUGAUUGACAUGCGUGCUUUUUCAUGCACUGCUUAAUAUUAGCAAAGCUCCUGCUCCUAGCUAUCAGCAGCAGUGUCAUUACUCACAGGUGAAGUUUGCUGAUGGUUCAGCGAGUGGAGGAGUGGAGGAAAAACUUAAUGGAAGAAGAGUGUGAAGGGAGACUGCGGAUGCAGAAAGACCAAAGACAGAUUCAUGCUCAUGCACACACACAGGUAGAAUUUUAAAAUGUAGACGUUUUGAUAUCUUGAUCGAUAUGUAGCACUGAUGGAUAACCUCCUAGUAUUAGUCUCUUAUAAUUGAUCGUAUAGUAGGAUAUUUUGCUCAUUCAGGAGGUGAUGGAUAUGCUUGGAUGAGUUCUACACCAAAUGAAAGAUUUAAUAGUUUGUAUUUUUACAAACGGUAAGAUACUGAUUUAUGAUUUAUUGAACAGAACUGCCUGGAUUGUGUUCCUUGGAAAGAUUUUAGGUAUUCCUUUUGAAAUGGUGUCUAGCCAUUAUUUUUUUUGUUAUUAUUUCAUUAUACUAUACUAUUAAAACUAUUUAAAUAAAAAUAACUGUCUUGCUUCCUGAUUACCCCAAACACACUUUACCUAAAUGGGUCAUUUUUCAUAAUUCUAUUAAUAUCACUGUAUCUAUGAAUAUUUUAUGAAAACCCACUCUGUCACUCGGUCCUUGUUUGACAAUUUGACCUUUAUGCCCUGUGAAGGUCACAUGACCAUGACCCACCCCACCAUUACAGCCAUCAGAGAGCUGUCAGGCCAGUGAGUGGAAGAUUGAAAUCGAUUGUUUCAGCCUUCCACAAAUACAAUGAACAGAGCUAUCGACUUGCCUUUUUUAUCUUUCUUGAGAUCUAUCUGUAUUCUUCCUUCAUGGCCAGGUUCUCUCUGAGUGUGUGUGUUUUGUCUGAUUGCCUGGCUCUUUCAACCUGAUGGCUUCAUCAGAGUGCUCGCUCAUCUGUUAAAUGAAAUAAAAAC